AUGGACCGUGAGGAUAGGCGUGACCCCGAGAUGACGAUACUCACCACGUUGUUGCUGAACCCAUUGUUCUGUUUGGAGGGAUGGUACUUCAGACACGUAGGCAAACUAAGAGGUUACUCAUCCGACAAAAUAUGGAGGCUGAGGACAAAACCCCCAGGACCCUCUAUAGGAGAAGUGCUGGGGCCAAGAGCAGCCGUCAUUCUACAAGCAAAUGGACCCUAUAAAAAGGACUUAGUGUAUUACUCACAUCCUGAACGCUUCGAGUGCUUACGAUUGCAUGACAGUUCGUAUGAGGUUCGGGACUAUGCCAAAGCAUUUCGAGUCCCAAUACCUGUCCACCUGUUGCUGCGUGAAAUGUUUGAAGUAGCCCGCUGGUUCAAGUCUAGGCUGACCCGAGCAUAUGGGAAGCUAUGUGAUGAAAUAAUGAGAAAUGCACCAGAAUAUGACAUCCUCCGGCUUCUAGAGAGAGGGCCGAUGACACCAGCUGAAAGUCAGAUAGACGAAGUGGCGCGAAGAAUUUACACACCGCCUCCAGACGCUAAGAUCAUGUGUAAGGACACCCACCUGUUCGUAGUUGAGCUUAAUGGGCAGCAAAUUCCAGCAGGGACUUACCCUGCAAUACAUAGGACAGCUGCAGUAGCCAAGGACUUCAAACGCGUGAUACCGAAGCCCUUGGUAGUCACCAUCCAUAUCAAUGGACAGCUGGCCUGA